CCAGCAUCCCGCGCGCCGCCGACCCACUUCCGGAGCCCGCGGACAGCAUGGCGGCGUCCGAGGAGCGCGAUUCACCGGCUGAGGUGCCCCAGAUGGCGGUGGAGGAGGCGGAAACGAAAACAUUUAAAGACCUGGGUGUGACAGAUGUGUUGUGUGAAGCUUGUGACCAGUUGGGAUGGACAAAGCCAACAAAGAUCCAGAUUGAAGCUAUUCCUUUGGCCUUACAGGGUCGUGAUAUUAUUGGGCUGGCGGAAACCGGCUCUGGGAAGACAGGGGCCUUUGCUCUGCCCAUUCUGAAUGUGCUGCUGGAGACGCCCCAGCGUUUGUUUGCCUUAGUUCUCACCCCCACCCGGGAGCUAGCCUUUCAGAUCUCAGAGCAGUUUGAAGCCCUGGGGUCUUCUAUUGGGGUGCAAUGUGCUGUGAUUGUAGGUGGAAUUGAUUCAAUGUCUCAAUCUCUGGCCCUGGCCAAAAAGCCACAUAUAGUAAUAGCAACUCCUGGUCGACUAAUUGACCACUUGGAAAAUACAAAAGGUUUCAACUUAAGAGCUCUCAAGUACUUGGUCAUGGAUGAAGCAGACCGAAUAUUGAAUAUGGAUUUUGAGACAGAGGUUGACAAGAUCCUGAAAGUGAUUCCCCGAGAUCGGAAGACAUUUCUCUUCUCUGCUACGAUGACCAAGAAGGUGCAAAAACUUCAGCGAGCAGCGCUGAAGAAUCCUGUGAAAUGUGCCGUUUCCUCUAAAUACCAGACGGUUGAAAAGUUACAGCAAUAUUAUCUUUUUAUUCCUUCUAAGUUCAAGGAUACCUACCUGGUUUAUAUUCUAAAUGAAUUGGCUGGAAACUCCUUUAUGAUAUUCUGCACCACCUGUAACAAUACUCAGAGGACAGCUUUGCUACUCCGAAAUCUUGGAUUCACUGCCAUUCCCCUCCAUGGACAGAUGAGUCAGAGCAAGCGCCUAGGAUCCCUUAAUAAAUUUAAGGCAAAAGCUCGUUCCAUUCUUUUAGCAACUGAUGUUGCAAGCCGUGGUUUGGACAUACCUCAUGUGGAUGUAGUUGUUAACUUUGACAUUCCUACCCAUUCCAAGGAUUACAUCCAUCGCGUAGGUCGAACAGCUCGAGCAGGGCGCUCUGGAAAGUCUAUUACUUUUGUCACACAAUACGACGUGGAACUCUUCCAGCGCAUAGAACACUUAAUUGGGAAGAAAUUGCCUGUCUUUCCAACCCAGGAUGACGAGGUUAUGAUGCUGACAGAACGUGUGUCUGAGGCCCAAAGAUUUGCCCGAAUGGAGUUAAGGGAGCAUGGAGAGAAGAAGAAGCGCUCGUGGGAGGCUGCUGGGGAUGGUGACGAUAGGGAGGGUGCAAUCGGUGUCAGGAACAAGGUGGCUGGAGGAAAAAUGAAGAAACGGAAAGGCCAUUAAUCUCUUUUAUAAAGACUUGACUUCUGCUUUCUGUUCUGUAAAGAGGAUUGAAGGAGAGAAUGGGACCUCUCCCUCCAGAGUGCUGCAGGCCGAAAUCCAUCAGAAUUGUGUCAGAAUCUGCCCAGCUCACUCAGUGCUCAUCCCCCUUUCCGUGUGUUAGAACAUCGUUGCCUGCAGAAUAUUUUUGAAGUGCUGAUGUCAAGACUCGGACUGUUCUUCAGCUUUGGUUCCUUGCUCCUGACACUAGUAAGAUAUGUUCUCCUAUCCCUUCACACAGACCUGUGCUUUUUUCAGCUGCAAGUCAAGGACUGGGCUAAUGAAGCCCUUGACCUGUGAUUGUAAAGGAAAGGAACUUCUAGAUCUAAAAACAGUGAUACUUCCGCAGUCUCAGCUUGUGUUUCGUGAGACCAAAUGGGAAAUAAUAAAUUUAAAUAUUAUUAAAAAAAAAUUCAAACUC